AACAAGGAAAGGGUCCACCUGGCCCCAUGGUGUGCUGUUGGUCCUGGUUUGAAACCUUGCGGCGCAAGACGGAAGGCGGCUAUCCGUCGAUUUGGGCUGACUGCAGAGGAGAGGAUCCACAAAGCGCAGGCCGAGAUGCGGAAAACCAAGCAGUCUCAGCUCACAGGCCGCUCACCCACGGUCUGCGACGAAGAGAACGAGUGGCGUGCCAGUGAGCGUUUCUUUCUUCCUUGGACAGUGAUGAAGUGAUGGAGCCAGAGGCAACGGUGAUCAGCCCCGGCGCGAGAGAAGACCUUUUGCGCCAGAGCAAGGACAAAGAUCAUUACCAGUGCGUUGAGUCGAUCCAGGAGACCAAAACGGUGUUUGCUUCUCAAUCUGCACAGCCUCAGGAGUUGGACCAACAGCCAUCCGCACCAGGCACGAAGGCUCCCUAUGUUACUUCCAAUGUGAAGUACACAUAUGUGCUUCGGCCAGCAGUGGCCGAUCUAGCCAGUGUCCGCCGAAUCUGUGGUGUGGCUGCUCCGGUUCUGCUGGCGCACCCAGCUGUGGCCUAUGGAUUCCCUGUGAAAUGCGCCCACUACGUGGCAACACGGCCAAUGGCUUACGCCCCAAAUUGUUUGCGAUGACAGGUGCCGCUGAAAUCGUCGCGCAGAAUAAAAUACCGCAGUGGCGCAGUGAUGCGAAAUCCUGGCGUUCGGGUAUCGAGUUUUUUA